UGAAGAACCGGGGGGAUGUGGCCUGUGUCGUCAGUGCUAUAGGGCACCCUGGGCUGAGUCGUCCCUUCCCAGUGACCCUCCGGCGAGGGCAUGUCCAAUUGUCUACCGAUGGGCUUGGGGUCCCCGCCCCGGCCCUCCUCCGACCACCGAUGUGACCGCGCGUUGGGGAUCUUCGGGUAAGCCGAUCCCUGCUCGCCCAGGAGCCUUUUCGGGGAGCCUGCAGGCCCUGGAUGCAUGAAAAGAGGGACAUUCCUACCUGAGGUGUGGAGCAGUCACCCGGCAGCAGACAUCUGCCUGCAGAUGAAUACUUGUCCUGCAGCAGUUCCCAGGCAGUUAUGGGACUGAGUCUGGGACCAUUACACGGCUGCUGAUCCUUCUGCUUGGGGAACUCGGGACUGAGAGAAGAUUUCGGCUUGGAAGCACAGGAAAGAUAGGACCACCAUGAAGACACUGACUCACAGACAGGAGACAAAAGAUGAGACUUUGGAGGAUAUGGAGAGGGGAGGAAAGGGGUACCCAGGCCCCAUUUUCAGCGAGGAUGUGUUGGGGCCACAAUUCAGUGAAGUGGCUCCUUCCUUCUGGCCCAUGUCAGAAGAGCUGCUCUGGGAGCAUUAUGGGAUGUCUGUUCCCUCCCCGUUUCUUUUUCUCCCCGGAUGUUUGCCUUCUAAGGCUACUGACAUGUCCCAGGAAGAGAAGAGGAAGCCUGAAUUACAGGAGCCCGUUACCUUUGAGGAUGUCACUGUGGUCUUCACGGAGGAGGAAUGGGAAAGACUGAGCUCCGAGCAGAAGACCCUGUACAAAGAGGUGAUGCUGGAGAUCUAUGGGAAUCUGCUCUCAGUAGCAGAACCAAAUGCAGAAACCUACCCCGAUUCUCCCAGCCUUCUGCCUUUCUCCUGUCAGCAAUUCUUCAACCAACACGUGCUUCCAAUCUUCCCAGAUGUGGGUACAGAACCUCGCUCCCACCCGGGGGCUUUCAGUCUGGGGCAUGGGAAGCACUCAGAGAAGAAGCCAGAGCAGCGGGAUUCUGGUCAGAGCUGCUGGAGUGAAAACUCAGAUGGUCAGGAGACAGAUGGCAUCUGCACGCGCAAGUCUGCCAGGGAAGACCAUAUAGGGGCAGUAGAGCCCAACUCAACUCAACAGAUGUUUAUUUGUUCGUUGGGAACAAAUAAAACAAUGAAGGAAUUAGAAGCCUCAAGGUUUGGAGCAGUCAAUCAGAGAGAAGACGGUCUAAAACCAAACGUGAUCAGCCCCCAGAAGUCCCUCCUCCGGGAGAAGCCCCAUGUGUGUAGCGAGUGUGGGCGAGGCUUUAGUUACAAGUCAGUUCUCAUCAUACACCAGAGGACACACUCAGGGGAGAGGCCUUACAUGUGCCUCGAGUGUGGCCGAGGUUUUACCCAGAAAUCAGGCCUCACCGCACACCAAAACAUACACACAGGAGAGAAGCCAUAUGUGUGCACGGAGUGUGGGCGAGGCUUUAUCCAUAAGUCAGGCCUUUUCAUGCACCAGAGGAUACACUCAGGGGAGAAGCCAUAUGUGUGCACGGAGUGUGGGCAGAGUUUUACCCAGAAUUCGUAUCUCAUCAGGCACCAGAGAACACACUUAGGGGAGAAGCCACAUGUGUGCGAGGAGUGUGGACGAAGUUACAGCCGGAAGUCACAUCUCCUGAGACACCAGAGAACGUCCAGUGGAGACAAGCCACACGUGUGCGAGGAGUGUGGACGCGCCUAUACCCGGAAGUCCCAUCUGCUGCGACACCAGAGAACACACACUGGAGAUAAGCCUUAUGUAUGCAAUGAGUGUGGACGAGCCUAUAGCCGCAACUCACAUCUCCUGAGACACCAGAGAACACACACUGGAGAGAAGCCAUACGUGUGCAAUGAGUGUGGGCGAGGCUUUACCCAGAAGUCAGUCCUCUUCAUGCACCAGACAACACACUCAGGGAUAAAGGCACACGUGUGCGAGGAAUGUGGAAGAGCCUUUAGCCGGAAGUCAAUCCUCUUCUUGCACCGGGGAACCCACUCAGGGGAGCAGUCACAUGUGUGCAAGGAAUGUGGGAAAUCCUUUAGCUGGAAGUCAUCCCUUUUUCACCACCAGAAAAUACACUCUGGGGAAAAGCCACAUAUGUGCCAGGAAUGCGGGCGCUCCUACAGCCGGAAGUCACAUCUCAUCAGACACCAGAAAACACACACCGGGGACAAGCCACACGUGUGCAGUGAGUGUGGGCGCGGCUUCAUCCAGAAGUCCGACCUCCUGAUCCACCAGAGGAGACAUUCCGAUCAGAAACCCUACGUGUGCAAGGAGUGUCCGCGAGGCUUUGUACGGAAGUCACAGCUGGUCCUCCACGAGAGUACACACUCAGUUGAGAAGCCACACAUGUGGCUGUGGACUAUGGGUGGCACUUUAGCUACGAGUCCAUUCUAAGAACACACCAUUCUGGUGAGAAGCUAUGUGUUUGCCGUGAAUAUGGCCAAGGUUUCACGAAGAGAGCAGCCCUCCUUGUGCACCUGAAUACACCCUCAGGGGCGGAGUUUGUUUGCAUUGAGUGUGGCCGAGACUUUAAAUGGCAGACAAGCCUCCCAUGCCCUCAGAGGACCCACUGGGGGAAAGACCCUUUGCGUGCAAGGACUGUGGGCGAGCCUUUACCCGGAAGUCAGGCCUCCUCACACCAAAGAGCACACACAGUGGGAGAAAAACC